CUUUCUCAAUUCUCGCCUCUCUCUUUGGCUCUGAUUUAUUCAGUUUUAUUUACAUUAAUUCUUCAGAAAUUCUGUUUUUUUUAACUUAAACCAUGGCAGGAGGAUCAGCAGUUCAGAAAGUUCAGAAUGGCUCAUCAGUUCAGAAAGUUCAGAAUGGCUUGUCUGGUCUUUCUAUCGCUGAUCCCAAGAAGUGGAGUGAUCAGAUGAGCAGCAACAGUAGUACUAAUGGCAGCAACAGCCAGAACGGUGGUGAUAAUGUACCAUUAUCAUCUAUCAAAGUUGUUGAUAAGACUAAAUCUACACAUCAUGAAUACACCGUGUAUUUUCACAAAGAUAAAAUCCAAACAACUGUUACUCAUACAGCUUCUGUGGUGGAUCGAUGGAUUGCCAGCAUCUACAGCGAUUUCCCCAGUAAAUUGAAUAAUCUUGUUGUGGGUCUUGAUAUCGAGUGGAGACGGAUAAGAGAUAAUAGCACAAGAAACCCGGUUGCUGUUUUGCAACUGUGUACGUUAAAACGGUGUCUCAUAUUUCAGAUCUUGUGUUGCGAUCACAUUCCUGAUUCGCUUGCUGAUUUUCUUGGUAAUGAGAAGUUUACCUUUGUUGGAGCUGGAAUCGAUGGAGAUGCGCACAAGCUUUGGACUGAUCAUGGUUUGAAUGUUGCUAGAACCGAAGAACUUGGCAGUUUGGCUGCUUUUAAACUCACCACUACAGUCAAAGAGUAUAGAGAAAGUUGGCUAUACAAAGAUGGGCUGAGGAAUUUGUCAAACGCUGUUCUCAGCCAAGAAUUACGGAAGAGAAGAGAUAUCCAGUUGAGCCACUGGGAUAAUGGUUUCUUAACUGAUAAUCAGGUUGAAUAUGCUUGUUUAGAUGCUUAUGUUUCGUUUAAAAUAUGUGUCAAUUUGAUGGGUCGUUCUAAUCCAGUACAUACUGAUGAUCGACGCGGCGAAAGGAGGUUUUAUAAGGAUUUUAACGCUCCCAAAAAGGAUGUGGAAGAAGAAACUAAGCAGGUUUCUGACAAGAAGCAGGCUAAUGGGUCGUCCAAGACUAAUGGAACCAAAAGUAAUAAACGUGUUUAGGUAUUAGAUUAGGGUUUUUGAUUUAUUCGUCUCAAAUCUUUAGAUCCUAAAAUUUUUCAUCUGUUUUAAUGAGGCCAUUAAUAAAUAUAGAUCUGAAUUUGCUUAAUUUUUUUUUCUCUUAUGAAAUUUAAAAUCAACUGAA